ACCCAGCAUCUACCUGAGACCCAGCGGGGGGGUCUCCCUGGGGGGAGUCGUGACCGUCUGGUGUCGGGGGCAGCACCGGGACAUGCGGUUCGUGCUGAAUAAAGAGCGACGCCAUUUCCCACCUGUGGAUACGGACGAGUUUGAGGUUGUGUUUCCCAUCAGCAACGUGAGCCGGGAGGACGGCGGGAGCUACAGCUGCUCCUAUCACAGCAGAUCGGAGCCGUUCAACGUGUCGUACCCCAGCGACCCCGUGGAGCUGGUGGUGAGAGAUCCCAGCUUACCCAGACCCUCCAUCUCUCUGAGCCCCACUGGGGUCACCGCCCCAGGG